AUGAUUCUCAAUUUCGCUCCCUUCUUGGUAUAUUCAAAGUCACCCGUUGGGAUUUUAGCAAGCAACGUGAGUGCUUACAACGUGGGUGCUAGCAAGGAAGGGCUCGCACUAAUCUUCUGGGAUUCCCUUUUCUUUGAUUUGCUCGAGUUGCUGGAAGGGUGCCAAUUUCCGUGUGAACAAAACUGUUGGCUGAACUUGACAUGA